AAUUCUAGUGUAAAUAAUUCAGAUGUAUCCAUGUUAUCUGUAUCUAAUGAUGACAUUGUUCAAGAUGCUGUCUGCAGUUUGCCGUCUGCAGUCGAUGACAAUGGAAACCCUAGCAGUGUUAAUAAUUAUAAUGACAAUAAUAAUCCUAAUAGUGUAAAUAAUUAUGAUGACAAUGGUAAUCUUACUAGUGUAAAUAACUAUAGUGUAAAUAACAGUAAUAAUAAUAAUAUUAAUAACAUUGUUGAUAAUAGCUCAGCUUAUCAGCUUAAAAUUGCGAGCUUAACUGAAGCUCUCCGUGUGCAGAAAAUUAAAACUUCUGUUGUCAUGUGUAAAUAUAAAAAAAAAAUGUAAAGAAGUCAAACGAUUAAAAAAAUCGUUACUGCUGACUGAUAAUUCAUCGCUGUCAGCGAUUCAGAAUAUUUUUAUCCAAAUGCAGUUUGAAAACACUGGAAAAAAUCCACAGGCUAGACGUUUUUCAACACCGCAGAAGCUGUUGUCAUUGAUCAUACACGAACGGUCUCCAACGGCUUAUAAGCUAUUGUCUGAUCUGUUUGUUCUUCCUAGUCCUGGAACUUUGAAAAAAGUUCUUGACAGGAUGAACUUCGAUACAGGAAUAGCUCCAGUUAUUGCACGUCACCUACGUAAUGAAGGUGAACGUCUGGCAUCUUCAUUGGAUAGAUAUGUGACAAUAAUUUGGGAUGAAGCUGCAACGGCACCGCAUUUGCAUUACGAUCAUUCAAAAGAUAAAAUUUUUGGAUUCGAAGAUUUUGGAUACAAGAGGACAAUUAAAUUUGCCGAUCAUGUCAUUGUGGUUGCUGCUCAUUCGGCAAAUCGUGAUGAUUGGUUUGUCCCUAUCUAUCAUGGGUUUUGUGAAGGUCAAACUAAUCCACCCGAAUUAAUUAGGAUUAUCAAAUUAGUAUUCGAUGAAGUAAUUGAUUGUGGACUAGUUCCCGUGGCGACGGUUUGUGACCAGGGAACCAAUAAUGUUAAGGCUGUAAAAGAUUUAAUUUUACAGUCUAACAGAUUAAGGUUCCAACAAAAACAAAAUCCAGAUAAUACUAUUCUAUGGCGUGGUUUGGAAAUUGUUCCGUUGUUCGAUAGUCCUCAUCUGACAAAGGGUUCUCGAAACAAUUUACUGACCAAAAAACUGGAGUACGUGCACAACGCUAAGGCGCAGC